UGCGACCUCUGCGGCAAGACCUUCAACAACAACUCCAAGCUCAAGUCCCACACCCUCACCCACACCGACGAGCGCUCCUACGCCUGCGACGCCCCCGGCUGCGACAAGGCCUUUGCCCGACGCAGCGACCUCCGAAGGCACCAGCGCACCAUCCACUCCACC